GUGUUUUCCUGCGAGCUGCUCCGGAGGGGAGCGGGCAACUGUGGCGUCGCGGGGCUCCGGUGAAACCUCCUACCGGACAGUAUUAUGACAAACGGAGAGGACAGUCAUCCAGAAGGAGCCGUGUUUGUUUCGUUUGGCGAAAUGAGGCAGGGGGUGGAAAGCCACGGAGACGCUGGGCUCCAGCCAAACAUCACCGCAUUUUAGCACUUCUUCGAUGCCCGGGAUUUGCAUCACAUUGCAUUCGCUGCAUCGGUGAUCGGCCCUGUUUUUUGCACGGUGCAUGGUGGAAAAUGCAGCUGCUUUGAGGACACCCCCCGUCCAGAUAUCCGUUGCUGCCAUGAUGGGCAGAGGUCUGUCGACCGCGGCUCGACCGGUUGGAGAGGAGGCAGAUUGAUUUGGGACGGUGGGUCGCAUCUGCGGAUGUUCUUGUGUGUGUGGAGCCUGUAAAUAUCAUCCGCGCAAACACACCGUGAUUGCUACUCAGGGAAAGAGGAGAGAGAAAACAUGUCUUCUCGGUCUGCAUUACCGUCUGGGAACGACAGGAGUACUGGAGACCAUCAUGUGUCGCUGGGGGCCAGUCGCUCAGACAAGACUACCAGCCAGUCCAGCCGCUCACUGGGCGCCCGGUGCAGGAACUCCAUCGCCUCCUGCUCCGACGAGCAGCCGCACAUAGGCAACUACCGUCUGCUCAAGACCAUCGGCAAGGGAAACUUUGCCAAGGUCAAGCUGGCCCGCCACAUCCUGACGGGCAAGGAGGUUGCAAUAAAAAUCAUCGACAAAACUCAGUUGAACCCAACCAGCCUACAAAAGCUCUUUCGGCAGGUACGAAUAAUGAAAGGCUUAAAUCACCCCAAUAUAGUGCAGCUGUUCGAGGUGAUUGAGACUGAUAAGACCCUUUACCUAAUCAUGGAGUACGCCAGUGGAGGUGAAGUGUUUGACUACCUCGUGUCUCAUGGGAGGAUGAAGGAGGUUGAAGCCAGAGCCAAAUUUCGACAGAUUGUAUCUGCUGUCCACUACUGCCACACGAAGAACAUUGUCCACAGAGAUCUGAAGGCGGAGAACCUUCUGCUGGAUGCCGACGCCAACAUCAAGAUUGCCGACUUUGGCUUCAGCAACGAGUUCACGCUGGGCAACAAGCUGGACACGUUCUGUGGCUCGCCGCCCUACGCUGCCCCUGAGCUUUUCCAGGGCAAGAAGUAUGAUGGGCCUGAGGUUGACGUCUGGAGCCUGGGAGUCAUCCUCUAUACACUGGUCAGCGGCUCGCUGCCCUUUGAUGGGCAGAACCUAAAGGAGCUGAGGGAGCGUGUGCUGAGGGGAAAGUACCGCGUGCCCUUCUACAUGUCCACAGACUGUGAGGGGAUCCUUCGCCGAUUCCUGGUGCUGAACCCCGCCAAACGCUGCACCCUGGAUCAAGUCAUGAAGGACAAGUGGAUAAAUUCAGGGUAUGAUGGCGAUGACCUGAAGCCCCACGUAGAACCUGUUGAAGACUACAGUGAUCCAGCUCGCAUAGAGGUGAUGGUGGGGAUGGGCUUCACUCCAGAGGAAAUCAAGGACUCUCUGCUCAAUCAGAAAUACAAUGAAGUCACCGCCACCUACUUACUGCUCGGCCGCAAAGGCGAUGAGGGCAGUGAGGCUCGCACAGCUAGUAGCCUGUCCCUGGCGAGGGUACGACCCAGCCCCAUCACCAACGGGACCAACAAGCACUCCUCAGCCACUGGCUCCUCUUCCUCCUCCACCUCCUCCUCACACAGCAAGACCCAGCGCAGUGCCUCCACCUACCACAGGCAGCGACGACACAGUGACUUCUGCGGGCCCUCCAUGCCCGUCAUGCACCCCAAACGGAGUCCCACCAGCACAGGCGACCGUGAGCUGCGGGAGGGACGGAUGCCUUCACGUAAGGCCAGUUGCAGCGUGAUGGGGAGCCACAGCCUCCCUCCCUCCAGCCCCAUGGUCAGCAGUGCCAACAACCCCAAUAAGUCUGAGAUCCCAGACCGCCGCAAAGACAUGACAGCGACCACAAAUAACAUCCCUGGGAGCGCCAUGACACGCAGGAACACAUAUGUGUGCACUGACCGCUCGGGAACUGACAGACACUCUCUUCUGCAGAAUGGCAAAGACAACAGCUCUCUGGGCCACCGCCUGCCUGCAGCAUCUCCCUCCACACUCAGCAUCUCUGGGGCUGGAGCUGCCUCCUCUUCCUCUUCGGACCGAUGCCGCCUGACCCGAGGCUCCACCAUUCGCAGCACCUUUCACGGGGGACAGCUUAGGGACCGUGGGCCCCCAGUCUACUCAGCUCCACCCACUUCACCCACUUUGUCCCACCAUGACGCCAGCCCUCUGCCCCACGCCCGCACCAGGGCAACCUCCAACCUCUUCACCAAGCUGACCUCCAAACUUACUCGCAGGGUCACAAAUGAAUCUGAGGGAAUCAGGAGAUUUGCGGUCACAAGUUGCCAUCUACCUGGGUAUCAAAAAGCGUCCGAGCCCCGGGCCGUCGGAC